AUGCCCCUUUUGGUGAGCACUUUCAUCCUCUCCACUGAUUUCAAGAAGGGAGACUGCAUUGAACUCAAGUAUUAUGGACUUGAGAAAAAACACCCCCCUCUCUCUCUCUCUCUCUCGGUAAAAAUUUUUCUCUUCUCUCACUUUCACUAUUUCUCAUUCAUUUCUCUCUCUUACAAUUUAUCUUCUUUUCUCUUUGGCUUUCAUAAUUUCUUUGCCCUGUUCAAAAUUUCAGUUCCCCCAUCUCUCUCUCAAUAUCUGUUCACCGUCUCUCUCUCUCUCAAUAUCUGUUCCCCAUCUCUCUCUCUCUCUCUCUCAAUAUCUGUUCCCCAUCUCUCUCUCAAUAUCUGUUCCCCAUCUCUCUCUCUCUCUCAAUAUCUGUUUCCCUUUAUUCUCUCAAGAAUUUCUGUUCUCUUUCUCUCUUUCUCUCUUUUGUUUUCUUUUUUGUUUCUCUCUUUCAAUUUCUGUUGCCCGUCUCAUUCUCUCUCACUCAAUUUCUGUUCCCCCGUCUUUCUCUCUCUCGCAAUUUCUUUUCCCCUUCUCUCUCUCUCUCUCUCUGUCUCUCUCUCUCUUUCUCUCUCACAAUUUCUUCUAUGUCUCUUUCAUAAUUUCUCCCCCCUUUCCUUUUUUCAUAGUUUCUCUCUCACUCCCCAUGGAAAAGCUGUCAAAACAUAUACAGGUAAAGAGCUCUUUACUUGCUACAUCUUCACCUAUGUCUCUUCAGUGCUGGUCACUAUCAGUAUGAUUCAUUUUCUGAUUUCGAUCAGUGCUAACUACACACACCUGAAAGACUCAAGAUUUGCCACAUACAACGCUUAUGAUACGGAGGAACAGGAAGUUUUUCUUCUCUUUCUUCUCCUUUUCUUUCUCAUUUUUUGUCUUCUUUUUCUUUUUGUCUUCUUCUUUGCCUUCUUUCUUUUUUCAUUCUCUUUCUUUUUCUUUCUUCUUCUUUUUGUCUUCUUUUUCUUCUUCUCCUUCCUUUUCUUCUCUCUUUUAUCUUUUUUCUUUCUUCUUCUCUUUCUUCUUCUUCUAUUACUUUCUUCUCUUACUCUUUCUUUUUCUUAUUAUUAUUGA